AUGGCCGCGCUGAGGGCGGGGCGGGGUGCUGGCUGGAGCCUCCCAGCAUGGCGGGCUUUGGGGGGCAUUCGCUGGGGAACAGGACCCCUGUUGACCCUUGACCUCCGGGCUUUGCUGACGUCAGCAGCUUCGGCCCUCCAGGCCCGGAAGACGUGUGGGACCCCCAGUCCCCGGGCCCGACUGUCUGCAGGGGUUCCUGAUCCCCGGGCAUGUCUGCCGCCGGGGACCCGGGCUGCCCGGGCACAGUGGACCGCGGAGAUCCCCGGUCCCGGGACCCGGGAGGCCUCGGGGACCCGUCUGCGCAUGUGGCUGGCGGUGGCGCUGGGCGCUGGGGGGGCUGUGCUGCUGCUGUGGGGCGGGGGUCCCCCGGCGGUCUUCGCCGCCGUCUCUGGCCCGCCGCCCUACUCUCCCCGGAGCCGGUACAACUUCAUUGCAGACGUGGUAGAGAAGACCGCACCGGCCGUGGUGUAUAUCGAGAUCCUGGGCCGACACCCUUUCUCGAGCCGCGAGGUCCCCAUCUCAAAUGGCUCAGGAUUCGUGGUGGCCGCGGAUGGACUGAUCGUAACCAAUGCCCACGUGGUGGCUAACCGGCGCCAUGUCCGUGUGAGGCUGCCCAGCGGCGACACGUAUGAAGCCGUGGUCACAGCUGUGGAUCCUGUGGCUGACAUCGCUACCCUGAGGAUUCAGACCAAGGAACCUCUCCCCACACUGCCUCUGGGACGCUCGGCCGACGUUCGGCAAGGGGAGUUUGUUGUUGCCAUGGGAAGUCCCUUUGCCUUGCAGAACACUAUCACCUCCGGCAUUGUCAGCUCCGCCCAGCGCCCAGCCAGAGACUUGGGAUUACCGCAAACCAACGUGGAAUACAUCCAGACUGAUGCCGCUAUCGAUUUUGGGAACUCUGGAGGCCCUCUGGUUAACCUGGAUGGGGAGGUGAUCGGGGUGAACACCAUGAAGGUCACAGCUGGAAUCUCCUUCGCCAUCCCAUCUGAUCGCCUUCGGGAGUUUCUGCACCGUGGGGAGAAGAAGAAUUCCUGGUUUGGAGGCAGUGGGUCCCAGCGCCGAUACAUUGGGGUGAUGAUGCUGACUCUGACUCCCAGCAUCCUUGCUGAACUACAGCUUCGAGAACCAAGCUUCCCUGAUGUUCAGCACGGCGUGCUCAUCCAUAAAGUCAUCCUGGGCUCCCCUGCACACCGGGCUGGUCUGCGGCCGGGUGACGUGAUCUUGGCUAUUGGGGAGCAGCUGGUUCAAAAUGCCGAAGACGUCUACGAAGCUGUUCGAACCCAAUCCCAGCUGGCUGUGCGGAUCCGGCGGGGGCCAGAGACACUGACCUUGUACGUGACUCCUGAAGUCACAGAAUGAACCAAUCAGCAAGCCCUCGAGCCUGCAGCUUUGCCUGCCUCCCUGGCCUGGCUCCUCAGGCCUGUCAGCCAGCAGAGGACGGAAUGAACCUGUGGGGGCAGGUCCCUCCACCAGGACCAGUCUCUGGGUUCUGAAGACACAAAAAAACUUUUUAUAUAAAAUAAAAAUCAUACCUAGCGAG